UGGCAAUCCUCGAUGAUAUUAACGCCCAUGUUGGCCUCCGACUGCACUGCGGUGCAUGUGGCAACCUAUUGAAAUACUCGGUAAUAACGACUCCACCGCCUAUUCGCACCGCAAAGGUCCCUACCAUUUCCCUGAAUAUGGCCCUAAUAUUCGAGACGAGAACGGCGUCUGCCUGUGCCGAAAACCCGGUUGCAGACGCUGUGUCAUCUCGCCCGAGGCAUCUACUAUACACCUAGAUUGCUUCGACGUGGUGGCGCAACAAUGCAAGCUGGACGAUUAUUUGGACCACCUCUGGAUUGCGACUGCCUGGCGGACUCCGUGGCGUCAAGCACCCAAUCUUCGCCUUGAGGAGCCAGCCAUCACGCCAGAUAUGUCAAGAGCUGAUGACCUUGGCAUCCCGAGAAUGAGGGUCCUUCCCCCAGAAAUACUUGGUAUGGUGUACUACAAUUCGGCCACCAGCUUGUUUUGGCGGUACAGCGGAGCUCUUGACCUUGCUCGACGACUAUCCACUGCUUCCACUGCUUCCACUGCUUCCACUGCUUGUUCGAAUGAGCUCCUCUCAGUUCCCUUGAGUACUGUCUCAGCGUGGAAACGUAGUGGCCCACCGGCAUUCUCAAAGAUAGCCCGCCAACUGCCAAUUUUCCGUUUGACAAUUGACUCGCAUGGAAUCAGAGAGAUCGAACGACUACCUGAGAGACCACGGGUCCAAAGAACCCGAACUGACAGUCUCGCGUUCGUCUUACUGGAACAGUGCUACCUCCAGGGCGUCACGGCACACUUUAAGUUUGGAUCUUUACGUUUGGAGUUGCCUGAAACCUAUCACGGCCUUCAGAUUUGGGAUACACCAACACCCCCUACGAUAGAGCAAUGCACUUUUUACCCAGCAGAUAUUACCAGCUCUACUUAUUUCCGAACGAUCGAGUUGCGUAAAACGACCGGAAUUACCCUCCUUUACUGUCUCGGGGACGUCUAUGCCAUCCAUGCUCAUACAAAGGCAGCCCCAUGCGCCGAGGUGACAUAUCGCUGCCUUUCCAGUCGACGUCAGCGAUCAAUCACUUGGGUAUAUAUGCCAAUUCCACAGAAUGAUUCUAUUGUUGCAUUUGGAACACAAAUGGCACUGUCCGGCAGUAAUUUCGAAGUGAGCACCUGCCUACUUUUCCGCUUGAGACUCGCUAGCGAUGUCGCGGUUGGCCUCAAGUCUUUGAAGGGUACUAGAGACUUGCUCCUGAGCAAAUCGCCAUCCUUGAGACUUAUAUACAACACGCGCGAAUUAGAACCCGUUUCUGCAAUCGGCGCGUGCGUCGAGGAGGAGGAUGAACCCGGACCAAUAGGCCGGUUUUGUCACCCGAUUGUUGACAAUACCUCGCUUCGAGAUGCGUAUUUCUCCCUUGCCCCCUUGGAGAAAGUCAGCCGCAUUCGCAUUUUUAAUAAUAAACAAACCGGAUUCUGCAUGGGGAUUUUGUUGGAUUAUGAGAACGGGGCGCAGAGGUCACUUGGGCAGUGUCGAAUAGAUAUCGAUCCCAUCGAACAUUGCUCCAAGCCAGUACGCUUAUGCUUCCUACGUAGGACGUAUUUUCAGCCCAGGACGAUAUUACAGCUGCAAGCCACCAUGGUCGAGAGUACGAACACCUGCAACCACAGUCACGACGAAGAGGGCUGGUCAUGUUUUGCGAUGCAGGGCGACCUAGAGUUCUGGUUCUCCAGCGAAGAAACUAUGCUGACAGCAAUUGUUGAGAGGGUUCCGUGCCACCUCCGCUCUUAGGCCCUCUGUUAGCCAUGCAUGUCCACGAUAACAGGACCAGCUCAAGGUACGAGAAGCCGGAAAAUGGAGCUGCCUGGGCCAGAAUGUCAGAAACGGGGAUUCUCCAAGUAGGUAGACACGAAGUGGCGCUGACCAGUUUCCGAUUCCGGGCAAUCAACCACUGUCCGGGUA